UCCAGUUACAUUAUAUUCACUCAUUAGCAUAUUUUUAUAAAAUCCUAUAGACUGCAACGUCACAUCCCCUUCAGGUAGUAGAAGGCUGCUAUCAAAUCCCCUCUCACUCUUCUCUUCGCAGACUAAAUAAGCCCAGUUCCCUCAGCCUCUCCUCAUAAGUCAUGUGCCCCAGCCCCCUUGAUUAUUUUCAUUGCCCUUCACUGGACUCUCUCCAAUAUGUCCACAUCCUUUCUGUAGUGGGAGGCCCAAAACCAGAUGCAGCUCUCCAGAUGUGGCCACACCAGUGCCAAAUAGAGGGGAAUAAUCACUUCCCUCGAUCUGCUGGCAAUGCAUAUUAAUACAGCCUAAUAUGCCAUUGGACUUCUUGGCAACGAGGGCACACUGCUGACUCAUAUCCAGCUUCUCAUUCACUGUAAUCCUCAGGUCCUUUUCUGCAGAACUGCUGUUUAGCCAGUCAGGCCCCAGCCUGUAGCGGUUCAUGGGAUUCUUCCUUCCUAAGUGCAGAACUCUGCACUUGUCCAUGUUGAACUUCAUCAGAUUUCUUUUGGCCCAAACCUCCAAUUUUUCUAGGUCACUCUGGACUCUAUCCCUACCCUCCAGCAUAUUACCUCUCCCCCCCCAGUUUAGUGUUAUCUGUGAACUUUCUGAGGGUGCAAUCCAUCCCAUCAUCCAGAUCAUCAAUAAAGAUGUUAAGAACAUAAGAACAUAAGAAUGGCCAUACUGGGUCAGACCAAAGGUCCAUCCAGCCCACUAUCCUGUCUACCGACAGUGACCAAUGCCAGGUAUCCCAGAGGGAGUGAACCUAACAGGUAAUGAUCAAGUGAUCUCUCUCCUGCCAUCCAUCCUGUUGUUGAACCAAACCAGCCCUAGGACCGACCCCUGGGGCACUCCGCUUGAUACCGGCUGCCAACUAGACAUCAAGCCAUUGAUCCCUACCCACUGAGCCCAGCAAGCUAGCCAGUUUUCUAUCCAUCUUAUAGUCCAUUCAUCCAAUCCAUAUUUUUUUAACUUGCUUGCAAGAAUACUGUUGGAGACCUUAUCAAAAGCUUUACUAAAGUCAAGAUAUAUCAUGUCCACUGCUUUCCCCAUAUCCACAGAGCCAGUUAUCUCAUCAUAGAAGGCAAUCAGGUUGGUCAGGCACGACUUCCCCUUGGUUAAUCCAUGUUGACUGUUCCUGAUCACCUUCCUCUCCUCCAAGUGCUUCAAAAUGGUUUCCUUGAGGACCUGAUCCAUGAUUUUUCCAGGGACUAAGCAAUUCUCCCAUUCCUGUUUCCUGUCUACUUUCAAUACUUUGCAUUCCACAAGACAAUCCAGAGAAAAGACUGGCUGGGUCCUGGAGAGUAUCUGGUUUGUCUGGGUGUCAUCCAUGAGCCACGUCCCAAUGAACAUUGAUUACGAUAAGAAUCUGGACUGGUUCUCUACCCAGCUCCUGGCAACAUGCAAUAUGGAUCAGUCCCUGUUCAAUGAUUGGUUCACUGGGCAUCAGAACUUCCAAAUUGAGCAUCUCCUUUUCCCCACAAUGCCUGGACACAAUUACUGGAAGGUGGCCCCCCUUGUGAAGUUGCUGUGUGCCAAGCAUAGCAUUGAGUACCACUGCAAGCCCCUCCUCACCGCCUUUGCAAACAUUGUGCACACUCUGAAGGAUUCUGGAGAGCUCUGGCUUGAUGCCUAUCUGCAUAAAUAAGCGGCAGCAGCACCUUGUGACAUUCCAAAUACAGCAGCUGCCACACAAAAAACAAAAACAAAAAAGCAGAUCUGGGGAAAUGAGAGUUUGAUGCCUGGAAUGAAUGUUUUUUUUUAAAAAUAAACAUUUUCCUUCACAUGCUUCUCCCUUUGCUUCUCUCUGGGGCUCAGAAAUGGGGACAGUCUUCUUUGUUCUGUAUUUUUACAGCACCUAGCACAAUGGAGUCCUGAUCCAUAACUAGGUCUCCUAGCACCACUCUAAUACAAGUAAUGCAUUAAAAUAAAGACAGUACGUUUUUGCCACAAGGAUGUGGGAUUCAGGCCCCCCAAAAGAAAAGGGGCUUUAGGAGUGGGAACAGCAGCCCCUCUGUUUUAUUUUAUUCUCACUAUCGCUGCCUUGUAAUAUUGUCCUAAUUCUCUCUGUGUUCUUUUCUAUUUUAGAUUGUAAUCUCUUUUGGGUAAAGUAUGGAUCUUCCUGCUUGUAAACGUGAUGAAUAAAUCUAAAUAAAC